AUGGCGGUUGCGAAUGCUUAUUGGGCUACAGGAACUUUAGUCCCAAAUAUCCCCCAAAUCAGACCUCCUAUAUUUUCUUGUUUCGAUUUGUCUGUUGCCAAGAAAUCUUUCAGUCUGAGGUUCGUAUCGGGUUCGUGUAAUGCUCUAAAAUCUUCGCCAAUUCAUACCCGUUGCCAUUGUAGCAGCACCAGCACUAAUUCCGAUCAUGCCAGUGCCACCUCUUCGGAUUGGGAUUGGAAUACGUGGACUCGUCAUUUCUCCGAAAUCGAGCUUGCUGAGCGUUCUGUUUCUCUUCUUCAGUUUCAACUUGAAGAAGCAAUAGAGAAAGAAGAUUUCCAGGAAGCUUCAAAGUUGAAAAGAGCUAUAGCAGAAGCAACAUCCAAGGACAGUGUUGCAGAAAUUAUGUCUGAGUUGAAGACUGCAAUCCAUGAAGAACGUUAUCAUGAUGCUUCAAAGUUGUGUAAAAAUACAGGAAGUGGGCUGGUUGGUUGGUGGGUUGGCUACUCCAAAGAUUCUGAUGACCCAUUUGGAAGACUUAUACGCAUAACACCAGGUGUAGGCAGAUUUAUUGGCAGAAGUUAUAACCCAAGACAAUUGGUGUCUGCAUCUCCUGGAACUCCACUUUUUGAAAUUUUUGUGGUCAAAGAGACUGAUGAAACAUACAGCAUGCAGGUAGUGUUCAUGCAACGAGCCAAAUCAAACAACUCAAAAGCCACAGCUACAUCCAUGAAAGGGACAUCAAUGGCAGAUAUCGAGAAUUCGUCUGUAAUCGAUGUGAAAGUGAAUGAAGAGAAGCCUGGUAAAAAUGAUGGAAAAAGUAUAAAUUUUGAGGGAGACACCGAGGAAGGGAUAAGAAGCGUGUUAAAUUUUCUUAAAGACAAAAUUCCCGAAUUAAAAAUAAAAGAUUUAAAGGUUAUGAAAGUGGAUGUUGAAGAAGUAAUGGCAGAUGAUGAUGAUGAUACUGUGAAUCAGUUAUUACAAGAAGAUGAUGAGAAAACAACUUCAGAUGAAGAAGAAGAAGACUCUGAAGACGAAUCUGAAACAAGCGAUCUUGAUCUUGAUGUGGGAACAAACAAUGAUGCAGCAGAAGAUGGUCAAAGUUUAGACAUGAAACUUUUUGUUGGUGGUGUUUUACACAAUAGAGAGGAUACGCCCUCGAAAGAUGAAUUUGUGCGCGUUCCUGCUGAAAUAGAAGAAAUGGAAAAAGACUCAUUUGUCCUUCAUGUCCCUGUUAAAAGUCAUGAUUCUGAUAGCGAAGAAAGCAUUGCAUCUAAAGUCAAAAUGGCUGCUAUCGCCAGUCAAGGUGUUUCUGAACUUAUGCCUCCUGAUGUGGCCAAGGCUUUAUGGAGUUCUGAUAAAGUUUCUAGAAAGGUGUCAAGGGAUGUUCGUGAAAUUGUCAAGUUUGCGGUUAAUCAAGCAAAGAAGCGUGAAAAAUUGUCAGAGUAUACAAAUUUCAGUCGGAUCACCACAUCCAGAGGGGAUCUAGAUCCAUUUGAUGGUCUUUAUGUUGGUGCAUUUGGGCCAUAUGGUACUGAGGUUGUGCAAUUAAGGCGUAAAUAUGGCAACUGGAGUGGUGCAAAUGAUGUUGAGUUUUUUGAAUAUGUUGAAGCUGUGAAGGUGACAGGCGAUUUAAAUGUUCCUGCUGGCCAGGUGACAUUCCGUGCCAAACUUGCAAAAGGGAGCCACUUUUCAAACCGUGGGAUGUAUCCAGAUGAAUUGGGAGUGGUUGGAAGCUACAAAGGUCAAGGUAGGAUUGCUGAGUUUGGCUUUAGAAAUCCAAGAUGGGUCGAGGGCGAACUUCUCCAACUCAAUGGCAAGGGUAUGGGACCAUAUGUCAAAGGUGCUGACCUUGGUUUCCUCUAUGUUGUCCCUGAGCAAAGUUUUCUUGUGCUAUUUAACCGUUUGAGACUACCAGAAUAAACACCAUGGCCUCAUGCUGCUAGUUUUUGAUGAGAGGUGUGGUGUAUUCUUACUUGAUUUGCUUUUGGAGUUAAAAGCAAUAAAGAUAAAGGGGCAGGUUUUGUUGAACAAAUGGAUCUUUAUGAUAAAGUAGAAUAAGUGGAUGCUGAUGCUAUCUUUUUUACUUGACAC